UUUUAAACAACGCGCACUAGGGAUCACAAACGCUCUCAAAACUCCUCCGGGCUACCGUCCCGGUGACGUCGGCGCCUCCCGCCAAUCAGCGGCGGGCGGCUAACGGCGGCGAGUUUGAAUCAGAGGCGCGAUGGAGUUGUACCUGAUCGAGCACCGCAAGUACUACUCCUUCGAGGAGCGGCUGGGCACCUUCAAGAACUGGCCUUUCGUCACCGACUGUGCGUGUACGCCCGAGAAUAUGGCUGCAGCAGGAUUUAUUCACACCCCAAUCGAGAAUGGUCCUGACAUUGCUCAGUGCUUCUUUUGUUACAAAGAACUGGAAGGUUGGGAACCUGAAGAUGAACCUUUGGUUGAACAUAAAAAUCACUCAUCGAAGUGUGCUUUUAUUGCACUGAAGAAGCAGUUUGAGCAUCUAACAACUGAAGAGUUCCACAAGCUGGACGAGCAAAGAGUAAAGAACAUCAUGAAGAAACAAAUCUCUGAAAGGAUUGAAUCAUUUGAACAAGAAGCAAAAAUUACAAAAACUGCAAUUGAAGGUCUUGUUACAAACAGCAGGUAGACCUGUUGCAAUGUACUUUAAGCUCAAUUUAAUUGAUCAGUCCUCAGACUGAAAGAACUGUUUCUGAAUUGUCUUCUAAAGUUGUAUCUAGAAUUUUAGUCAGAUCAUUUUAUGUGAAAAGUGUAGAAUAAAAUGUUUUUUUUUCAUA